GAACCUGCUGGUGAAGAAGCCGCGGGACGAGCAGCAGCGCGCGCAGGUGCGCAGCAAGGAGGUGCCGCUGCCGGACGGCCCUCCCGCUGUGCUCGACGCCAAGGACGUGCAGCUGGCGCUGCAGCUGAGCGAUGCGUUUGGCAUCAACGAGGUGGACUGUGUGGCGCUGCUCGUGGCAGCACACCAUGAGUGGGGCAUAGCAGGGCGGGCGGACAGUGACGUGGUGCGGCUGGCAGCCGGGCUGUGGUUCACGGAGAGGCGAGCGCUGCUCUCCACGCUCUUCCUCCUCCUCAAGGUGGCAGUGGUGAGCGACAGCAUGGCAGACGCGCUACUGCAGGACCACGUGCGCCGCUACCUGCGCUCGCUGCUCCAAUCAGGCCUCACCGCCCGCCUCUUCCGCCUGCUUCGGGAGCUCAACCGACCCGACGCCGCUGGCUCGGGCUCCCCGAGCCUGGCUCUCGUGGUGGCGGGGGCUGCCCCCCCUGCUGGGGCGUCGCCUGUGGCAGGGGGAGGGGAGAGGGGAGGGGGAGGCGGAGGGGAGGGAGUGGGGGAGUAUGUGAUGGAUGGGAGGGGGCUGCUGGCGAGGCGGGCGGACGUGGUGCAGCGGGAGAGGCUGCUCGUGGCUCAGUGCGUCGCACUCUCUUGCCUGCUCUGCCGACUCGGUCCGUGCCCUGCUGCUCCUUCCUCCUGGUGCUCCUCCGCUUGCCACUACUUCUCCUCUCUCAACAAUACCUGCUCAUGCCGUGCGGCAGCCACUGUGCUUUGCGUUGGACUGCGUACGGAUCGCGACAGACGGAUCAGCGCCUCACCUUCCUCCGUACCCGCUGUGUUGUGUGCCAUCUGUUUCUCCCUAAUGUUUCUUUCCCCCUCUCCCCUCCACUCCACCCCGCGGUCCUUCCUCCAUCCUCUGCUCUCUUCCCCGCUGCUCCCCCCUUAUGCAGACCCCAAGGAGGCAAAGGAGUUAUUCGAGCUGCUGCAAGACGCCGCCCGUGACUGGUCCGCCGCUGCUGCUGCCGCCUCCUCCCCCUCCUCCACCGCCCUCGCCCUUCCCCCUAUCCCCGCGCCCUUCUCUAUCCCUGCCGCUCCCUCACCUGCGCCCACUGCUGCCUCCACAGCAACUGCGAGCGCGGCCACAGCAGCGGUGGCGCUGCACAUCACCUACACGCUCAUGUUCGCGCUGCUGCACGCCCUGCUCUCUGACUCCCUCGCCUCCCCCUCCUCCGCCGCUGCCUCCGCUGCUGGGGGAGCCGGGGGGCCUGGAGGGGCGGCUGUGCCUUCUGCUGCCGCCCCUGCGUCCCCUUCUGUCUCUUCAGCCCUGCCUGCUGUACUCUCGCCCAAUGAGGCGUUUCGCAAGGAGUUCAGCCGAUUGGUUCUUAAGUCAACACCAUCCGCCACUGCCUCUUCAUCCUCCCACGCACUCGUCCCAUUCCAAUCCGGCCCGCUCUCCCUCCCCCCUCAGCCCUCCCCCUCUGCCUCCACCUCCUCCCCACCCACCUCCUCGCCGCUCACCCCCCCUGCUCCUGAUGACGUCAUCUCGGUCAUCCGCCUCGCCUGGGCCGUGUUCCUCGCCAACACCAGCACUCUUCCAGCCUUCUCCGCCCCGAGUCUCUCCCCCUCCCGAACCUCCGCCCGAGGCUCGGUUGCAGCGGCAGCCCUGGCGGCAGGAGGCUCGGGAGAGGAUGUGGUUGGGGAUGAGGUGGCAGUGGCUCGGGAGUGUUUAAAAGACGAGACUUUGUUAAGUGCCACGACGCUGCUGCUGCAGCAGGUGUUGUCAUCUGCCGUGUUUGAAAACGACGAUGAGGAUUUAACGUUCACUUACAUGGUCUACACCCACAAGCUCCUCUCGUCUUUCUUCCUCCAGCCAAUCACGCGCGAGCGAAUCCGGGAGUUGCGCCACGCCUCCCUCUCCCUCCCUUUCCUCCCCGCCUCAUCAUCUUCCGGCCGUCCAGCUCACGCUGACGUGGACAAGGCUGCGCGCUUAGCUGGCGCGUACCCCCACAGCAUGGGGCGCGGCGUGGCUCGGAGUUUAGAGGAGGAGGAUGAGCGAGAGCAGAGGCAGCAGCAGAGGGAGGAGGCAGAGGCACAGGAACAGGUGGCGGUGAGGGGGAGGGCGUAUCUGGGGUUGCUGCAGCUGGUGGGGGCGGUGUAUGCGCGCCAGCCGGAGCUGAUGGCAGGGGGCGGCGUGCUUUGGCAGUUUGUGAUGUACGUGGGCGAGGAGCAUAGAGGGGCGGCGUCACUGGUGGCGUUUCUGAACCUGCUGGCACAGCUGGUGGGUGGUGGGGGGGGGGGGGGAUGGGAGGGAGGGCGGUGGGGCGAGAAGAAUGGCGAUUGGGGGGAGUGGUGUGCUGUGGCGGGCUGUGGUGGGUGUAUGGGGGUUGAGAGUUGGGCGGUGCGCAUCGGGGUUGAGAGUUGGGCGGUGCCUCGCUGGUGGCGUUUCUGA